AUGAAGGCCAACGUUAUCGCCGCUACCAUCCUUGCCGCCUUCUCGGCUGGCGCUUUCGCUCAGGACCAGGAGGCCGAGUUCCCCACUGGCUUCCCUACCGACCUCCCCUCCGGCUUCCCUACUCAGGUCCCCGGCGCCGCUAAGCCCUCCGGCGGCUUCGGCGGUGGCUUCCCCGGCUUCCCCUCCGGUGGCUUCCCCACUGGCUUCGGCGGUGCCCGCCCUACCCAGGUUCCCGGCGCUGCUCAGCCCUCCGGCGGCUUUGGCGGCAACUUCCCCGGCUUCGGUGGUCACUCUGGCUUCCUGACCCGCACCCGCGGCUCCUCCGAGGAGGCUGCUGGCUUCGGCGCCCAGGCUGUUGAGACCCCCUUCCCCACCGGCACCCAGUCCGGCGGCGCUCGCCCUACCGGCAAGGGUAAGGGCAAGGGCAAGGGCAAGAACCACGGCACCGGUGCUCUCCCCUCCGGUGUUCGCCCUACCCAGGUCCCCGGUGCUGCUCAGCCCUCCGGCGGCUUCGGCGGCAACUUCCCCGGCUUCGGUGGCGAUGCUCCCUCCGGCGCUCCCUCCGCUGAGCCCACCUCCGCUUAA